CAGGCGGAAGAGGCGGCGCCGGCGGGACGCGGCUCGGGGCUCCCGGAGGCGGCGGCGGCGGCGGUGGCGGUGGAGGCGGAGGCCCGGAGUUGGGCCGGGGCGGGAUCCAGGAGGCUCCUGAGCCGGAGCAGGCAGCGCCUGGAGGCCACAGGCCGUUCGCCCGCCUCAGGCCGGUUGGCCGCCGCUCCCCUCCCUGCGCCCUGUUCCCGGCAGGGCCAGAGAGGCCGCCGCCUCCGCCCGGUGGUACUCAGGCGAAAGGAACCCGCGAAGCAGGUCCUGGGGAAGAGCUCGCCUGCUCCUGAGAGAAGCGGCGAUAAGAUGGCGCUUUGAAGGGGAGCCGGAGGCCGAGUCACUGUGCUCGUCGGGACGCCGCCUUUCUAACGCCGCCGUCGGCUCGCACCACUCUGGGCCUGCUGCCCACACUGACUGCGGGGUCCGGGAGAGUAGGAUGCUGGCCGGCCGCGUCUGGCUUCUUGGAAAGGGCAGGAAGGAGCGCGAGAAUGCAGUUCCGCGGCAGAAACCUCUGUAGAGGAGCAGGAUGCAACCUACAGGCUGUGGCCGGACAGCUGCUGCCCAGCACAUGGAGCCUGCACGCGCACGAUUUAGCCAAAGAAGCCCCCAUACUCCCGGUGAAAAAGAAGUCUAAGAUUCUGGAGUCAGGUCCCCGAUAUCCAUCUUAUGAUUCUCAUAAGAAACGCAGAACUCCUGGCCAGGCGCGGUGGCUCAUGCCUGUAAUCCCAGCAUUUUGGGAGGCCGAGGCGGGUGGAUCACCUGAGGUCGGGAGUUCAAGACCAGCCUGACCAACACGGAGAAACCCCGUCUGUACUAAAAAUACAAAAUCAGCUGGGCGUGGUGGCACAUGCCUGUAAUCCCAGCUACUAGGGAGGCUGAGGCAGAAGAAUCGCUUGAACCUGGGAGGCGGAGGUUGCGGUGAGCCGAGAUGGUGCCAUUGCACUCCAGCCUGGGCAACAAGAGCGAAACUCCGUCUCAGAAAGAAAAAAAAAGAAAGAAAAGAAACGCAGAACUCUUUACUGGCCUCAAAACGUACUGUGACAUUUCCAUAACCUACAGGUCUAGAAAUCCUGUGCCCAAUAUGGUUAACUUGUUUGCUGAGAAGGAUGUGGAAGAACUGGAACCUUCAUACACAGCUGAUGGGAAAACAGUCUGGAACUUUCUUAAAACAUUCUGGUAAAUGGGGGCCCUGCAAGCUAGAAAGUGUGGCUAUAAUCCCUGGCUUUUUUCCUUUUUUAAACUUUUUCUCUCUCAGUCCUGACCUAAAGAUGACCCUAGUCAGGCCAGGCGAGGUGGCUCACGCCUGUCAUCCCAACACUUUGGGAGGCCAAGACGGGUGGAUCACCUGAGGUCAGGAGUUUGAGACCAGCCUGACCAACAUGGAGAAACCCUGUCUCUACUAAAAACACAAAAUUAGCUGGGCGUGGUGGUGCAUGCCUGUAAUUCCAGCUACUCAGGAGGCUGAGGCAGGAGAAUUGCUUGAACCCAGGAGGUGGAGGCUGCAGUGAGCCGAGAUCACGCCAUUGCACUCCAGCUUGGACAACAAGAGCAAAACUCCGUCUCAAAAAAAAAAAAAAAAAAAUCUCCUGGGAGAAAACCUGUCUUUCCAGUCAGAGGAGCAGGAAAAAAUGACCCUAUGGUCUGAAAAGUGUGGAAAUAAUCCAUCUUUUUUUUCCCUCUGCUUUCUGCCUGAGGGGCGUUCCUUUUGGCAAAAUGAGCAGGCAGUGUGAGCAGCUAGUCAUCAGAGAGAAAGCCCAUCUUUCUAAGCCAGAGGAUGAGGAAAAGGGGCCCCCAGGUGCCAGGGAGUCUGGGGGGAAAUCCUGAAGAGCAAAGACCUGAAAAGAGGAUUCUCUAAUUCUGUACAUGAGCUGAAUUCCGUGCUCAGCCCAGAGCUGCACAUACCAGAGGCAGAGCCCAAGCAACACAGCCACACUCUGAACUGACACUUGGACCACCACCACCAAACAGAAGGCAACGCAGGACCUGCGGACUAAGGCUAACGAGGCUGAUUGCCUGACAAAACAGGAAAAAAAAGAAACAUUCUUCAGGGAAUUUUAGUAGAACACAGAGUCUCCCAAUAUAAAACAGACAGUCCUCACUGCACAGCAGUUCAGAACUGUAAAAAUGACCUUCCAACCUGAAAUUGCCAUAUGCUGUUCAUAAUCAUUAAUGGGUAAAAUUGUGAUUUCUUCCUGUCUUUUGAAAAUUGUCAAAACAUCGAUAAUCUUGUACUGUUAGAAAUGUAUAAGGAAACAAAGUAAAUAUUUUUGUACACUGUAAUUUAAAACAUUAGCAACACUGGGAAUUAAAGUGUUUGAUGUCUUCCUAAAAAACCAUCAAGAGACAUUUAAACAGUGCUUGCCUUCUUCAAAAGUCAUGUACCGUAUGAUAUGGAGCAAGCACCUUUUCUGUGUUUCAAAAACUUGUCAUGCUCCUUCUAAGUUUGGAUCAGCUUCCAAUAUUUUAUCCUUUCUGCUUUCAAUGUCAUGAAAUAUCUCCAAGUCCCUUUAACGUGAAGGUUUUUGCUGACGUUCCUUGCUCUGGGACAUCUUCAUCCUUUUCAUCACAACCGCUUUCUUCAUUUAUUUGAUGAAUUCACCUCGGCAGCAGUGCCAGCAUCCCCAUAGUCUGUUUCUUCAGUGACCCCAUUUAUGUUUGAUUUGCAUUCACUUUCAGUGUUUUCAGUUUUGAGUUUCUUUGCUGCACUUCUAUCUUUGUCAGUUUUCUCUUUUGAAUAUCCAUUUGUGUAAAAAUGCCAUGUGGGUUUAUCACUGGGAGACAAGGAGGCCACACAAUUCACACUUUGCUGUUUGUGCGUGAAAUGAACACAGAUGCACAGUGACCAAUCACCCACAGGUUUUGGAAAGAAGAGACAUGAUUGGUCACUGAUCAUGAUGUACCUCUGUUAUUAUGUAGUGAUUUGUGGACUGGUGAGCUAGCAGAAAGUUUGAACUUCAUGCAAUUACAGUUAAUAUAUUCUGGUAACUCAAAUUUGAACCAUGUUGUCACAUGUUGUCAGGGGACUGGUGUUCACCAUAAUAACUAAACUUUCAGAAUCAUGAACUGUCACUUCUGAUAUAUUCUAUUCAUUAAAAGUCAGUCCUAAUUCUGGCUCACACUCAAGGGGAAGGGAAUUAGGCCCCAGCUUCUGGAGAGAGGAUCUCCAAUGAAUUUGUGGACUUAUUUUAGGAUUCUUCAGGAAGUCCAUAUUCCUGUAGAAUAUUGGCACCGGUUAUAGAAUUUUGGGUGGAUGAUUCUUUCCUAUGAGUGCUUUAAAGAUACUGUUCCACUGCAUCCUGGCCUACACGAUUUUUUAUUAUAUGUCUGAGAUAACCCGCAUUUCAAAUUGUUGUUCCCUAUACCGAAUGUAUUGGGUUUUUUUCUGGCUACUUUCAGGAUUCUUUAAAUCUUUGGUUUUCAGCAGUUCGAUUAUGAUAUGCUGAGCAUCUUGUUUGGAUUUUGCUGAGUUUCUUGAAUAUGCAUUUAUAUUGUUUGUCAAAUUUAAGAAGUUUUCAGCAAUUAUUUCUAAAAACUUUUUUUGUGUCUGCACCAAUUUCUCUUUUCCCUCUGAGACUCCGGUGUCAAAAAAUAUGUGAUUUUCUGGUGUUGUCUCCCAGGAUCCUGAAGUUCUGUUCAUUCUGUUUAAUCCAUUUUCUCACUGUCCUCUGGUUAAUUUCUACUGAUCUGUCUUCAAUUCACUGACUCUUUCUUUUGUUAUUUCCAUUAAAAAAUGUAAUUCCAUUA